AUGUCUGAAUCUGACUUGUCAGAUGAGAAUUUGCUUUUGAUUGGGAGGCUUUAUCAGCGCAAAGAACCCACGGGCCACAUUGAGGAUGAGGGUGGCUUCAGGUGCUCCGUGCAAACCUUCUACGAAGGCCCUCCCAGAUGUUCCUGCUGCAAGAACUGGGUAGAAGACUAUGCGGACGACCUGCGUGAGACCAUCAAAGAAGCGGCCCACGUUGAAGACAGGCGCUCGUCGUCCGAUUUGCUCAAUGUCAACCGCGACGGGGGAGGGGCGACCAACGGGUAA